CCGCCGCGGCAUUUUACGACAUCGGUUGUGACAGGCCCGGGGAUCAUCCGACUUGCAUUCCUCAGCCGAGCUAAAGCCGACGUGAUGUUCGGGGCCGGAGACGAGGAUGACACCGACUUCCUCUCGCCGAGCGGCGGUGCCAGGCUGGCUUCUCUUUUUGGGCUGGAUCAAGCAACUACAGGCCAUGGAAAUGAAUUCUUCCAGUACACAGCCCCAAAGCAGCCUAAGAAAGGCCAGGGAAUAGCAGCAACAGGAAAUCAGACAGCACCAAAACCAGCAACAGCUACCCCAGGCACUUCAUCUGUGCUGUUUGCAACUGCAGUGCAUGCAUACCGAUACAUUAAUGGUCAAUAUGCAAAGCAAGGCAAAUUUGGAGCUGCCGUCCUGGGAAACCACACAACCAGAGAGUAUAGGAUUCUUCUUUACAUCAGUCAGCAGCAGCCAGUGACUGUUGCCACAGUUCAUCUGAACUUUGAGCUAAUGGUUCGGUCCAAUAACUACAGCACCUUUUAUGAUGACCAGAGACAAAACUGGUCUAUCAUGUUUGAGUCAGAGAAGGCUGCUGUGGCGUUCAAUAAACAGGUGUGUGUGGCCAAGUGCAAUAGCAGUUCUUCCUUGGAUACAGUACUGUGCCAGGACCUGGUUGCAGCAGAGGGUCCUGCUGUAGACACUGGAGAUUCUUUGGAAGUAACCUAUACGGGUUGGCUCCUUCAGAAUCAGAUGCUGGGCCAGGUUUUUGACUCUACUGCUAACAAAGAUAAACCACUUCGCCUGAAAUUAGGGUCAGGAAAAGUUGUCAAGGGCUUAGAGGAUGGACUACUGGGCAUGAAGAAAGGAGGAAAACGGUUAAUUAUCAUUCCUUCAGCCUGUGCUGCUGCCUCUGAAGGAGUAAUAGGCUGGACCCAGCCAACAGACUCAAUCCUGGUGUUUGAGGUAGAAGUUAGGCGGGUGAAAUUUGCUAGAGAUUCUGGCUCUGAUGGCCAUAGUGUAAGCUCCCGGGACUCUGCAGCCCCCUCUCCUGUACCUGCUGCUGACAGCCUUUCAGGUGAUCCUGUGGUGACACCACCUACAUCACUGCCUCUCAAAUCUGGGGAGCUGCCUCUUCGUUCCAAAUCUAACUCUCUCAGUGAACAGCUUACUGUAAGUACAAGUCCUGAUACUGUCAAGGCCAAGCUGAUCUCUCGGAUGGCUAAAAUGGGUCAGCCCAUGCUGCCCAUCCUCCCACCACAGCUGGAUUCCAAUGACUCAGAAAUGGAAGAUGCUACUGCUCUACGAGGAGCUGGGCCAUCCCUGGUGACACCAUCCAUCCAGCCUUCCCUUCAGCCAGCCCAUCCAGUGUUACCACAGAUGGCCUCACAGGCACCUCAACCGUCUGUUCCUGGGUUCCAGUCACCCUCUGCUGCCUUGAUGCAAGUUGCACCUCUUGACUCCCACUCAGCUGUAUCUGGAAGUACUCAGACCUUCCAGCCCUGUGCAGGUGUGCAGGCCUACACAUAUCCCCAGGCAUGCUCAGUUACCUCCCAGCUACAGCCUGUUCGGCCCUUAUACCCAGCACCACUGUCCCAGGCUCCCCACUUUCAAGGAUCAGGUGACGUGAUGUCCUUUCUCAUGACUGAAGCCCGGCAACACAACACUGAAAUUCGAAUGGCAGUCAGCAAAGUGGCUGAUAAAAUGGAUCAUCUCAUGACUAAGGUUGAAGAGUUACAGAAGCAUAGUUCUGGCAAUUCUAUGCUUCUUCCUAACAUGUCAGUCACAAUGGAAACAAGCAUGAUUAUGAGCAAUAUCCAGCGAAUCAUUCAGGAAAAUGAGAGACUGAAGCAGGAGCUCCUUGAGAAAAGCAGUCGGAUAGAAGAGCAGAAUGACAAGAUUAGUGAACUCAUUGAGCGAAAUCAGAGGUAUGUUGAGCAGAGUAAUAUGAUGAUGGAGAAGAGGAACAACUCACUUCAAACAGCCACAGAAAACACACAGGCAAGAGUAUUGCAUGCUGAACAAGAGAAGGCCAAGGUGACAGAAGAGUUAGCAGCAGCCACUGCACAGGUCUCUCACCUGCAGUUGAAAAUGACAGCUCACCAGAAGAAGGAGACAGAGCUGCAGGUGCAGCUGACAGAGAGCUUGAAGGAGACAGAUCUUCUCAGGGGCCAGGUCACCAGACUCCAGGCCGACCUCUCAGAGCUCCGAGAAGCCUCUGAGCAAUCACAGUCCAAAUUCAAAAAUGAAAAGCAAAGCCGGAGACAGCUGGAGCUCAAGGUGACAUCCCUGGAGGAAGAGUUGACUGACCUCCGAGCUGAGAAGGAGUCCCUGGAAAAGAACCUUUCAGAGAGGAAAAAGAAAUCGGCUCAAGAACGCUGCCAGGCAGAGGAGGAGAUGGAUGAGAUUCGCAAGUCACACCAGGAGGAACUGGACAGACUUCGACAGCUCUUGAAAAAGGCUCGAGUGUCCACAGACCAAGUGGCUGCAGAUCAGCUAUCUCUCGCACAGGCUGAGCUGCAGAGCCAAUGGGAAGCAAAGUGUGAGCAUCUCUUGGCCUCUGCAAAGGAGGAGCACCUGCAGCAAUACCAGGAAGUUUGUGCGCAGAGGGAUGCCUACCAGCAGAAGCUAUCCCGCCUUCAGGAUGAGUGCUUAGCUCUCCAGGCACAGGUUGCAGCCUUCACUGCGGAGAAUGAGCACAUCCAGCAACUGGAGAAGAGUAAGUCCCAGGCACCUGCAGUUAGAGCUGCUGCUGACCCAUCAGAGAAGGUUAAGAAGAUCAUGAACCAAGUGUUCCAGUCAUUGAGGGGAGAGUUUGAGCUGGAGGAAUCUUAUGAUGGCAGGACCAUUCUCAGGACCAUCAUGCAUACAAUCAAGAUGGUGACUCUGCAGCUGUUGGACCAGGAGGAGGAAGAGCAAGGAAAGGGCAGCAGUGAGGAGGAAGAAGACAAGCCUUUGAGACCUUCCAUGGAGCAGCCAGGGCGCACCGCGCCUGGGCUAUCUCCAGCACCCCCAAGUGAGGAGACGCAAGAGGCUCCCAAGGUGCUGUCUGAACAGGAAGUAGGGGAGACCACCCCACUGCCUCCACAGGCUCUCCCCAUGCCACAGAACGGUACACAGACAAGGAAAGAGGAGUCCUCAGAAGUGGAGAUACCCUCAGAAAUGAAGGACAGUUCCCUCCCACCUGAGCCAGCCGGCAUCCCAUCCCCCAGAGUCCUGGGUCCCCCAACUUCAAUCCCACCUAAACCUCCAGGACCUGUAACUAUAGACUCUGAGAGCGAGGAACCACUUGCUGGUGGUCAGAGAGCAGUGCAGCCCGACAACGUAUUGGGGGAAUGUGCCAGGGAAGUAGCCCCAGAUGAUCUGCUACAAGGAAGCUCCAGGAGAUUGUCACUGACACCAGACCCUGAGAAGGGGGAGCCACCAGCCUUAGACCCUGCAAGCCCAGGAGAGCCUCAGCCUUCUGAGCUCAAAGAAAUUGAGGAUGUCAGUAGCUCUGGUCCCCCUGAGGCAUUGCUGGACACAGAGCUUGCUUCCGCUGCUGCAGGAACAACCCUCAGACACAACCAGGACUCCCAGCACAACAGUCUCUCUGGAGAUGAAGAGGACGAACUGUUUAAAGGGGCAACUCUGAAAGGUCCAAAGCCCAAAGUACAGCCAGAGGAAGAGGAUGAAGACGAGGUGGUAAGGAAAUCUCAGGCUCUGCUGAGUCCUCAUACCACCACGUGGGGGCUCUUCCCUGCAGGCUCAGAGAAGAGGAAAGGAGUCUGUUGGUGGCCUACUUCCUGGACUCUGUGUACAGGACCCUGUGGGAGUGAGCUUGGGACCCAGAGUGGGCAGCUCUGUAAGCAGAGUAGGGAUGGGCAGCUGCCACUGUACUCUUAAAAGAGCACCAUCGCCUCUGUCCCCUGGGGAAUGAGUCCUGUUUGGAGUGAGGGAAGGUGGGAAGGACUCUGAAGAUGAGCUUGUUGGCUCUCCUCCUCCCUAGACAAAGAAAGGUUAGAAAGUCACUUGCAGGGGGCUGAUGGUAGAUAGGACCGAGCCCAGGCUUCUUUGGGGUCACUUGUUUCUUAGAACUUUUGCUCACCCAGCCCGCUUCCAAGCUGCUGCUUGUUUUGUCCUCUUAACACCCUGAGCAGCAGAUGGGUUCAGUGUUGACAGUGUAGCUUCAAGUUAGGGGACAGGAGAGUCAGGGACCACAAAGGAAGCUGCAGACAGAGCCGGGUUUCGAGCCCUGGCUUGUGAUCUGACAUUUGGCCAUUUUGACUGUGAUGGGAAUUUCACUGUCAUGAAAUGUGUGUGGAAGAGACAGGAGUGUUGGGGUCAGUCCAGGAAAGAACCAUGAGGCUGAACAAGGGCAAAGCCUAUUGCCCCUCUCUACCAUCCACCUGCAGUGAAUUUUGCUUUUGGCCAGAAGGCAGUAACAUCAGGAAUCCAGCUCAGGUAAACCAGAGCCCUUCCCCCUUGCCUGCCUGCCUUCAGAAAAGGUGUACCUAUUCUUCCCAUUAGCCUACCUUCCUGAGAAAUUCAGUUUGCAUUUAAGAAUACCGACUACAAGUUCUGCAUAGAAAAUGAAGGAGGAAAUAAGAUUAGUAUCCCAAAUGAUGAGCAAUAUGUUGAUGGUAUUACUGCCAGUUCCAUUAAGUUAAUUAUCUGUUUCUUAGGUAUUCAGAAAAAUAAAUACACAUUCUCAUUUAGCCUUCUACUGAUAUGUCCUGUAGUUAUGUAUUAUGCGUGUCUGUAGUCUCAAGCCCUGCUGUCACCCAACUAAAGUCGAUGAAGGCCAGAACUUAAAUCCUGAGAAGAGUAGGACCUCCUACGUGGCUCCUUGUGUUAGCCCACAUUAAUACUGGCACAAAAUGAUGGAUGUAGGAAGUGUAUAAAGAGAAACUGUAUAUUUUGGCUCAACAUUUCAGAGGUUUUAGUCCACAAGUACACUCCACUGCUUUGAGUCCUGUGGCAAAGACGUGAGUAGAGAAAAAGCAUUCUCUUGAAGGUCGGGAAGGGAAAGAGUGAUGAAGGAGGGGCCACAGUCCUACUGUCACCUUUGAGGGCGACCUCUAGUCCCCUGAGGCCUCUUACUGGGCCCAUCAAAAAAGGUUUCCACCUCCUCUGACAGUAACAAGCCCAGGACUUGAAUCUGUAGCAGUGUCCUUUGGUUGGGACCCUCUGAGGGGUCCUAGAACUCUUUAGCCCCUUUAUUCCACGCUCCCAUUAAAGACAGCAUGGGUCCUGCCUUUGUGGGCUUUCUUUAUCUCUUGGGAUUCUCCACGUUAGAGUUUGUACAUACCUCUACAUGCACAUCUUUCUGAGUUUGUCCUGCCACCCCAGGCCACAGCUGGCUUUCGAAUGUGAUUGUACUUUUCUGAGCUUCUGUCAUCUUCUCUUAUUCUCCUGUCCCAAGCUGCUUUGCUUCUGUUUCUUUCUCUUUUCCAGUGUCUCCUUAAUGAACCUACUUUUUCCAUACAAAGCAUGUAAGUUGGCAUAUCUGCCCAAUCAAUACUUGCUUCACAAAUAAAUUACAAAAUCAGUCAAGCAAA